AGUUAAAAAAAAUUUCACACAUAAAUAUACAACAAAAAAUAUAUAUAUAAUAAUUAACAUUAAUAAGACAGUGGUUGUUAAAACUAAAUCGGUGAUUUUAGGGAAUUGAAAAAUGAAAGAAAAUUCACUUUGAAAAAUGGCGGUGCAUUUAUUUGCUGGUGAAUGUAUUGUUUUCGCAAUUUGGUCGUACAUUAUUAUAACUGUCAAAGCUGACGAUUUCUGUCAAAUACCGGGUGAAUAUUCCGAACAAUCAUCGGAAAAUGUAGACUGCCAGACUUACAGCAACUACCGAUUCAGAACCUACUCUCACCAAGAUAAUUCAUAUUCAAUUCCUAGAAAGAUCAAAAGUGAACCUUUCGCUGGUGGGAUGUGGUACAUUCUGUACGACGUGAACCCUCCGGAGGGGUUCAACCUGCGUCGUGACGUGUACAUGAGGAUCGCCAGGUUCGUGAGGAAACUCAGCGGCGAAGACGGAAGCUGGAAGCUGGUGCUGCCGCCGUGGACAAAAUUGUACCACUGGCAGUCUGCGGACGUCGGCAAACAAAGUCAGCUGCCAUGGCGACUGUUCUUUGAUGUAGCUUCCUUGCAGAAAUUUGCACCGGUUGUGGAAAUGGACGAAUUCUUGAAAGAAUAUGACAGUACUACCAUAGAUGAAGUAUUCGUACUUCAGCAUUACAAAGAUGCUUUCAAAACAGGGAAGUGGGAAGAGAAGUACGAAAUACAACCUUGUGUGGAUGAACCCCGAUACAGGGAACGAGCGGACGGCGGAGCUGGCGGCUUCUCGGGCUGGUUCUGGGGGCUCCCCGACGUGACGGCGAGACGGGUUCGCUGCCUGUCCUUCCACGGGCACGCCUCGCAGCUGCAGGACACAGUGCAACUUCACCCACACGCCAGGACGAUCAUGUUCGACCACGCGGAAGUGGCCCUUCAUGACGCUUUCGGCGACCGGCUCUACUGGAUGGCCAGAAGGAGCAUGCGCUUCGCCCCGGCGCUCCGCCGGAUAGCCGCGGAGUUCAGAGAGGAGCACCUCAACUCCACAGACGAAGCCGACGGCACCGUCAGGCCAGACGAUUGGACGGCGGAAACAGCCGUUACCGGCACGAAAGGCGGUCCUUACCUAGCCGUCCACUUACGCAGAAAAGACUUUGUGUGGGGCCGUCCGAAGGAGGUCCCCAGCGUGAUAGGAGCUGCCGCACAGAUCAAAGCUCACCUGGAUAAGCUGGAAAUGUGUGCCGUGUUCAUUGCAACGGAUGCCCCAGAGGAAGAAUUCGAAGAAUUGAAGUCGCACCUGACAGGGUAUAAAGUGUUCCAUUACAGGCCGUCAUCUGCCGUAAAGAAAAGACAUAAAGAUGGUGGAAUAGCAAUCAUUGACCAAAUUAUUUGUUCGCAUGCAAGGUUCUUUGUUGGAACGUACGAGUCAACAUUUUCCUUCCGUAUCCAAGAAGAGCGCGAGAUCCUUGGCUUUCCACCAGAAACAACUUUUAAUAGACUGUGUGGUGAUGGACAGAAAACGUGCAGUAAGCCGUCUGUAUGGAGAAUUGUAUUUUAAUUUCAUUAUUGGUGAAAACCACACAAGAAAAUUUUUAUUGAAGCAUGCCAUAUUUUGUUUAAAAAAGGUUUAUCAAAUACUUAAUGCAAAACUACUUAAUCUGUUAAAUAUAUGUAUAUAUAUAUAUACAUAUAUUUUUGAAUUCAUUAUAUGUAAUUAAGUAUUAAAUAAGAUGUCUAUGUUAUUACACCAAGUGAUAUAGCAUAAGAAAAAUAAUGGGAAGUCUUAAUUUUGUAUGAAUUACCUAAUAAAAUUAAUAUGCAUAUUUUAGGUA